AUGGCAUUAAUUGCGACUUUUGGAAACAUCAUAGCCUUUCUCUACAAUUUUCUCUCAUUUAGGAGCAGGGCUAUUUCUGCAUAUUCAAUCUUUACGUGUAACCUUAACUUUUCAGACAUGCUGAUGGGUCUGUAUCUGUAUAUCAUAGCUUUUAUCAAUUUGGUGUACACUGGGACGUAUGGAUUAGAGGAUUACUCGUGGAGACAUAGUACGCUAUGUACCGUAGCCGGCAUCAUAGCUACUACUUCGAGUGAAUCAUCCGCUCUUUUUGUCUCUUUGAUAACUCUCGACAGGAUUCUAGCUAUCAGAAACCCGUUGUCAUGGAGGCGUUUGACAAAAGUAGGGGCUUCAUUGCUCUCAAUCUUGUCAUGGGUGAUUUCUCUUUCCUUGGCAGUAUUUCCUAUAUUGCCAAUGGAUUUAUCCAGUUUUUAUGAUUUCUACGCUCAAACCUCUAUUUGUAUCUAUCUGCCGUUAUCCGUUCACAGAAAAUCUGGUUGGCAAUAUUCUGUGGCCGUUUUUGUCGGCUUUAAUUUCUUUCUGUUUCUUGGUAUUUUGGUUGGACAAUUUAUGAUACUUUUCGAGGUUAUUAAGUCUGGAAGGAAAGUCCAAUCUUCAGGCACCCUUCAACGAGACAUAGCGCUUGCCAAGUCGGUUUGUGCUGUUGUUGUUACAGACCUUUUCUGCUGGAUUCCCAUAGGAAUAAUAGGCAUGUUAACAUUCUCUGGAAUUGAUGUAUCUCCUGAGGUUUACGCCUGGAUAAUAGUGCUGGUUCUACCUGUUAACUCCGCCCUCAACCCAAUAUUGUACACCUUGUCUGCUUUUUUAAGAGAGAGAAUAAGAAAAACAAAGAAAAACUGUAUCUUGCCAUGUCAAACAAAUGCUGACAGUGCAGAUCCAGAGUUGACCACAACAGCAAUUAAAGAGGAUUAA